UAAUGAUAGUGUAUCUAUUGAGUGGGUUAAUAGCAAAAGGAAAAAGCGAGAAACAGGUUUUAGCGCUCAAGAAUUCUAUUGGUCAAUUUGUUGCUGAAAGGUGUUCUGAUUGGAUAGAAAAAAAAAGGAGGUUGGAUAUGGCUGGUAAAAAAAUGUCAGACGUAGAACUGUUUGAACUUUUGGACUUCAACAACCGAGAAAAAAUCAUUAGAGAAAUGUUGGCUAUAGAGGACCAAAACUGGCGUUUCGAUGAUAUAUCAGAUGAAGAACUUAUGCAGUUACUUAAUUUUAAUUCUUUGCCUGAAAUGACGAGAGAAAUGAUAGACACGGUAGACGAUGAUGAGUGGACAACCUGAAACUAAUGUUAACGUGGAAUCCGACGAAGAAAACCCUGACGAUUCUCAGAAUGAUAACGUAAGUCAAUUUUAUGUUUUAGACGAAACUUUCAGAAGAGAAAACAAAACUUUUAAUGCUCGCGAAACAGAUCGUCAAAUUACUUUUAGGAAUCUAGAUGGUAGGGACAUGUUUAGUAUCGUAGGAAUUAUAUGUCAAAUCUUUGAUGUUUUGAACAAUGUGUGUGAUGGGGUUGCCCAAAAUGAUAUGGUCUGCUUCAUUCUUAGAAGUCCGGAUUUAGAUAACCCCAUUUCAAUCCCCUUUGGUAGACAAGACCAUAUUACUGAGGAGGUGAUUGUAUGGGCAAUUGAAGAUGUUCUUCAAUCCCAUUUGGAUAUUUUAGUUAAUGAUCAACUGAUUCUUAAUGUCCUACAUGUUCGAAUGCCCAUUGGUGGGGGGAAAAAACCUAUUCUUUUCCCUGACGCGCUUAUACAAAAGAGAUGCGUAAUCGACAUAAAAAACGUUGACGAUAAAAUGUGCUGUGCGAGAGCUAUAGUUACAGGAGUGUCAUGCCAUGAAGACAAACUUGAUAAUAAAAUUAAAUGGGAUAAUAUAAGGAGGGGUCAUCGUUUGCAGGACGAUCUAGCCCGACAACUCCACGAAUCAUCUAAUGAACCAAUAGGCCCUUGUGGCGUUGCCGAAAUUAAGCUUUUUCAAAUUGCCCUACCCGAAUACCAAAUUGUUGUGUUUACGAACGACGUGAUGAAACCGUUCAUUUUCCAAGGCCCACCUAAAGAUAAAAAAAUAUAUCUUUUACUACACGAAAAUCACUUUAAUUUCGUUACUUCCAUUAAAGCUUUUUUUAAUAAUUGUAAUUUCUGUGAAGAUUGCCUAUCAUGUUAUGACAAUAGAGAUAAACACUCCUGUAAGUAUACUUGCUCACUUUGUCACAGUUCAGGUUGUUCCCCAUUGUUUCGAAAGAAAUUUCUCUUAACUGCACAGAUUGUAAUCAAAAUUUUAAAAACCAACAAUGUUUUCAAAACCAUAAACUUAAACCUAAAAACAAACAAGGUUUUUCUAGCAGUGUCUGUGAGUCCGUAAAAAUAUGUACUGACUGUCAUAGGAGAAAAUAUAAAGACCACGACUGCACAAAGUUCCUGUGUAAGGUCUGUUUAACAGAAGUAGACGUAAACCAUAAAUGUUUUAUGAAAAUAGAAACCCCAUUAAAUGAAUCUAAAAGAAGUAAAGGAAAAGAAAAAUCAAAGCAAAAAGAGAAAAAAAGUCG